AUGGUAAGAACACGAGGUUCAUCUUUUAGUUCUCGUGGAGAGACUUCUACAGGAGAAAGUUCUCGAGGAGAGAGUUCUGCACAGGGUGAAGGUAGGAGACGACCUACAGCUUCAGCUCGGAGAAGACGUGUAGCUCCAAUUCAGGAUGACCCUAUAGCCGAGGACCGAGUGUUUGAGGAGGAGGCAUAUCACGCCUAUGAAGGUCCUGUUCACGAAGAGGCAUUUGAGGCUCCUCAUGACGAUAAUGAGGAGGAGGAACAUCUCGAUGUUCCUGACAUACAGGAGGAGGAUGUCGGUGGAUUUCCUGGAGGUCCACUUGAUGCUUCAUUGCUGACACACUAUGUUCAGCAUGAUCGAAGGGAGAUACUGAAGUUGAUCUCCCAUGGUAAAAAAAUUAAUAAGUUAGGACCGUGCACCGAAGGAAUUCAACACAUUGUGUUGAAUUCUGCUUUGAUGCCUCUCACAGAUAUUUUCUAUGAUUACGUUGAUAAGGGCUUGUUGCUCGGUUUCAUAGAGAGAUGGCACUUUGAGACAAGUAGUUUCCAUGUCCCUGUAGGGGAGAUGUCGAUCACUCUUGACGAUGUCUCCACUUUACUUCACCUUCCAGUACUAGGACAAUUAUGUGAUUUGGAGGAGUUGGAGUUUGAGGAGACUCGUACAACCCUUGUAGAACUGCUCGGCAUUGAUGGUGGCGCAGCUGGUGUUGAGACGGAGGAUGCACAUGGUCUGAAAGUCAGACUCAGCUGGCUAAGAGAGAUAUAUGUUCAGAGAUGUAACGCGUGUGGUAUAUAUGCUUGGAGUGUUCCUACACUCGCCCAUUUGUACGACCAGCUCGGGGAUGCGAGUUUGGCUUCCACGAAACAGAUGGCUGGAUUUCUGACUUUGUUUCAGAGUUGGACAUACGAGUAUUUUCCUACCAUGGGAAGGAGGAGGUUGGUGUCUUCUUAUGAUGAGACCACACCACGUGCGGCUAGGUGGCAGAGCCCUCGGCAGAGUUCGACUCUUGCGGAGAUUCGGUCGCAGUUGGAUGGCCUGACAUACAGUGGAGUUGUAUGGCAUCCAUAUGAGGGACAUCGGGGCAUUCGUCCAUUCUUUGGCAUUUGUAUGUAUUCUGGAUGGAUUCGGAUUAGUGACACCCUUUCCCGUCAUUUGCCUGAGCGUGUGAUGAGGCAGUUUGGGUUAUACCAGGAGAUUCCAUGA